AUGGGUCAAGGCACGGAGGUGAAGACCAGGGAGGACCCCAAAGUGGAGAUCCAGGAGAAGGGCGAGGUGUUCUUCUUCUACCGGCCCAAGGUGGACAAGGAGGAGGCGCACGGCCCCGACGACGUGCAGCGGAUGUACGUCGUGCUGCGCCCGGAGUCCGUCCCCGACCGCGCCGUCGAGGAGAAGCAGGCGCCGGACUCCGGCAAGGAGGGCAAGAAGAGGAAGACCCGCCACGGCGGCGAUGAGAAGGGGCAGGCGGACGGCGGCAACGAAGGCGGCCACGGGAAGGAGGUACGAAAUGAGGAGGUGAACGUGGAGGAGAAGCCGCUGCUCCGGCUGAUCGUGAUGGGGAAGAAGAGCCUGCCGGACCCGGCGAAGCACGGCCGGCCCUUCUGGGGCUACGUCGACCUCGUCACGACCGACAUCGAGGACAUCAAGGACGCGCUCAAGGGGGCGGAGUACGACACGGCGACGCGCGGCAAGCGGCGCCAGUCCGCGGCGAGGGCGAUGGGCGAGGGCGUGUACCGCAUCCUCAAGCACGAGGGCCGCGGCGGCCGCCCGCACACCCACCUCGUCUACAAGCUCGAGCUGCCCUCGCGCGGCGGCGAGGAGGGCGCCGUCGGGGAGCCGCAGGAGGCCAUGAACGUGGAGCCGGAGGCGUCGUUCCUGGUGCAGAUCAAGAACCCCGAGCAGCGCGGCGGGGGCAGGGGCGGGGGCGGAGGCGGAGGGUUCGGCGGGCUGCAGGGCAAGCGGAAGGCCGCGUUCCCGGAGCACCUGCAGGGGCGGUUCGGGAGCAACCGCUACGCGCCGGCCGACCCGCCGGACCUGCUCAACUACGAGGGGUGCGAGCUGCUGCUGAUCUCGGCGUCCGACGACGUGGAGGAGGAGCUGGGCCUGGAGCUGCAGACGGAGACGGAGGAGGAGACGGAGCGAGGCGCUGGUGGUGAUGGCGGCGAGGGCGGCCGCGCCGGGGCGGGGUGCUCAGACCUGGUGAAGAUGUUCGGCGAGGUGGCCGACGUGAAGCCGCUGCUCAGCGGGAGCUGGGACUAG